CAACAACUUCACCACGAACCCCAAAAAAAUGUCAGGUUGCAGCAAAAUCCGCCACAUUGUUCAGCUCAGACAGAUGCUACGACGGUGGAGAAAGAAAGCGGCAAUGGCAUCCCGUAAAUGUAUACCUUCCGACGUCCCCGCCGGCCACGUCGCUGUCUGCGUUGGUUCUAAUUGCCGGAGAUUUGUCGUCCGAGCGACUUACCUCAACCACCCGGUUUUCAAGAAGCUUCUAGUCCAAGCGGAAGAGGAGUUCGGGUUUUCUAACUCCGGUCCGCUAGCGAUCCCCUGUGAUGAGUAUUUAUUUGAAGAGAUAAUCCGGUUCUUGUCCCGGUCCGACUCUGCAGCUAGCCGUUUCGUGAAUCUUGAAGAGUUUCAAAGACACUGCCACGUCGGCAUCCGGAGCAAUCUUGAUUUCUGGCCGGAAUCUCGACCUCUCCUCCGAUAAGCCGAAAAAAUAAAACAACAAAAAUAAAAAUAAAACAGACGAAUUGACUUCGAUUUUGACCCCGAGUCGACUCGUCCGAUCAUGCACAAAGAACUGAGUAACGCCGGUUCGGGGACUUCUUAGUAAUUUCAGCUCGCAAUACUCGAAGGUAAAGCUUGUGGGUAUCGAUGAGAAGAAGUCUUUUGAAUUCUUUUUCCCCUUUUUUAUCUUGUAUUUUUACGGAAUUACCCCAAAAAUGUAACUGGUUGGGGGUGGUGGUGGGAGUGUUACUGAGUUGACUCACCAACGUAACGGAGAUGGCACGGCCGAGUCGUCCCGGGGUUUGAAUCGGAGUCACAGCAGAGAAAGUGAAAAUUGAGAAAAGAGGGAAAUGGAAAAUUGAUUAUAGAUUGGGGGUCACUUUUGUAAAUUACCAUGUGGAUUUAAUUGAUUUUUAUUAUUAUGAAUGCAAAUUGUAGAGAAAUUCCAA